CCAACUUAACACAACUUCAAUUCUACUAACUCCAAUGGCCUAGUAGCCUAGCUCAGUAGCCCAAUAUCAGCUUGGUGGCCACGGUUUGUCAUUUGGAAGACUAUGGGUUGGGCUGAUAUAUCUUACUCACAAGCCCGUAUUUCUAUGGUUUAAAAUUAGUGGCCAGUCUUGGUUGACGUCCUAUACAUCUCAAAUUUCUUCUGGCCAGCAUUUAAAGCUGCAUAAUCUCUUCUCGGAAGACUAUAUGCCCAUCUUAUCUGCUUGCCAACCGUCCACUCUUACAUCGUCUGUCACCCAUACAAAUUAAGGCCAUUUUCAUUCUCCUCAUCAUUUGGUUCAUAAGUUUUAAACCUUCCCUUCUUUGUAUAGCAAUAUAGCAAUGGCAACAGCCUCAGCUACAUUCUCUCCACCCACAUUGGUUGCUGCCACUGUUGGCAAUCGCAGGAGGAGAACUAGCGUUAAGGUAAAUUACAUUACAGGAUUGAGUUCUUUUAGUGGGCUAAAAGCUCAUAACAAUGUGGUCUCACUAGGCCAACCAGUGUGCAUUGAACAAGCUUUUGCAAAUGUUGUGAGCUCACUCAAAACUCCAUCAAAGGGGAAAGGUAGGGGUGGUGGUGCCCUCUCUUCAACCUGUAGUGCAGUUGGUGAAAUAUUCAGGAUUGCAGCAAUCAUGAAUGGCCUUGUUCUCAUUGGAGUUGCUGUGGGAUUUGUUCUUCUUCGUAUCGAAGCAUCUCUGGAAGAGGCUGAGUGAGGAUUUAAGAAACUUUAGUUGCUUCAUAUAUAUAUUUCUACUUUUUCUUUGGCA